AUGGCUGACUCGGGCAGCCGACAAACCGUAAAGUAUCAUCGAAGGUUGGAUAGAACACCAGAAAAGUAUUUUGAAAAGCUUCCAGACUCCGAGAAAAAGCUGAUAAGUGCUGUUAGAGACGCUUUAGAGGGCUGCAGGAAAAAAGUUGAUACUCUUAAAGAUGAUUUGGCUGAAAAAACGAAGACUGAGGAAGGAAGCAGAAGAUUACCUGAAAGCAUAUGUUGAUCCCUACACAUCACCACUUGUGAACUCAGAACUCCGCAUGCGACUUCCACGGGCAGGCAAAGUGGAUCCAUUCGAAGACAUAAAUGCUCACAUAGCAUCAAAUGUUAUGGAACUAGCAGAAAAUGCUAUUGUUGAAAAUCAGGAACCCAAGACAUAUAUGCAAGGAUCCUGCAAAACUGAAAUAAUGAAAAAACAAAAAGUGCAUCGUUCUCUGAAUUUUUAUCCCUCAAAGUCUCAAGCUGACAGCCAGUAUGAUGUUGAUGGAGACACAGAGGAAGACAGUUCAACAGACGAAGAGUUACCAGCUUUCCAAGAAGCAUGCACUGGCUACAAGAAACAGACAUCUAGACAGAGAACACAUUCUGUCCCACCAGUAAUGUCUCACUCUCCUGUUGUAUGGUCUGCUGGCUAUCCUGCACUGCCUUACAUUCCCCAAUCUCACCGGCCAGCAUCCUGUCCUCUGUACUAUAGUCUGACCCCCUGGAGUUCUGCUAGCUCCUUGGGAAUGUUUCCAUCAUUCCCUGUCAGUACUAGAGACCCUCAAGACAUGGCAUCUUUGCAAAAAUCCCAUUCCACUCAGCAAGGGCUUGGAGUUGCCCAGUCAUCAGGAAAUCAGGAACCAUCUUCAGAAGGCAAGUUAGAUGAAGCAUCUUCAGACAUCAUCAAAUGCGAGAACACCACCUCUGCACUGCUGGCGGCACCUCAGAGAAUGUCCAAGGCUCCAGUCCUAGAAUCAUCUGGCCCAAGAGAAGGAACUUCCCAAGAGAUGCACAAUGACAGCAGCAGCAGCAUGUCAUCCCAUUUGGGUUUGCCAUCUUCUGUCAGUGUCCCUGGAGGCAGCAGUGUUUUGUGGCACCCCAUGUUUUCUGUGCCAUCUUUUCCAGUAGGGUUUGAUGGGGCUGCAGGAGGAGAUGUCUCUGGCCAGCAAACAGCUUUUCUGCAUGAUGAAAUUUGCCGCUUGCAAGAACAAAACAGACAGCUAAAAGAAAAUCUUGGGUUAAAAUCCCAAGAACUUGAAUCUCUCAAACUUCAUAUUUCUCUAAAUUCAUCCACUGAUGGAACAUUGGAUGCAUCCUCUGUAAACAAACUAACAGAGUUUAUGGCAGAAGUGAAAGUAGCUCAGGAGAAGCAGGAGAAGGUAACUCGAGCUAGGAUUCAUCAAGCCGAUGAAGACAGAGAUAAGGCAGUGCUGGAACUCGACAGGGCGUUAACUCAGGCAUGUGUCACAGACAGACACAGAGCAGCAACGCCACAGCUGGAUGAUAGCUCUUCAGACACAGAUGAAUCUGAUUUUGAGCAUUUACCAAGAAAGAAAAGAGGUGGUAGCAAACACUGCACCAGCAGCCAUGGCAGUAGCAAGGAAAGAAGAUUGUCUGAAUGCAGUGAAGGGUCAAAGAGUCACUAUGGUGGAACAGCCUUGUUAAAAGAGCUGGAAAACAGAUGCCAGCGGGAACGAGAAAUUUACCUAGAGGAGAUGCAGGUGUUGAUGGAGCAGCGAGACCAGGCCUUACAGGAGGUGCGCUGUCUGAAAGAAAAGCAGCAGCUGCGACAGCUGCAAGUACCAACUCAGCGAGAACAAAUGUUGUUGGCCAAGAUUGCAGUCCUACAGAAGGAGCGAGACAGUGCUAAUGAAGCCAUCAGACGUUUGAGAGAUGAGCAAGUUGACUAUGGUUUAUUGUCAAGCCUACACAAGGCCCUUUUUGUGGACAGCACUGUCAAUCAUUUGUCAACAGCACACUCAACUAAGAAGAUGUAUCCAGCUAAGGAGAAAAACCACAGUGACAAGAAAAAAGAUCGUGAUGACAAGGAAAAAGACACUGAUGAUAAGGAGAAGGAAGAGAGUAAGAUGAAUGAAAAGGAGGACAAUCAGCUUUUGGAGCAGCUCCGGCAAGCAGAUCAUGAGAGGGCGCUGCUGCAAGACCGUUGUCAGGAGCUGGAGAGGCAGCACAGGCGGGAGAGAGAGGAGAGAAGCAAGUUGGAGCGUCUCACUGGAGUGUUGCAAAAGAAGUUAAUAGCAUUGGCCAAGUCCAGCAAGCAUGGUGAACAAGAGGAAAAUACUGCAUACAGUAAAUAGGACAUGGGCAGACAAAUCUGUGCUUGAGUAAAUGCUCUUUGGGUUUCCCAUUUUUUGAGUUAGUUGUUGUUUACAUUGUUAUGGGAUACCAUAUUUAUUUGUGCAAGACACAUUUUGUCAAAGUAUAUUUUUAGUAUUUCCUAAGAAAUGUUUACAUUCCUUUAUGACAGCUUUAAGAAUGUUCUACUUUUCCUUUUAGAAUCUUGACAUUCAUGGGAGCUAGAGACUACCUGCAUUUUUGGGGCUAAUUCCUGGGGGAAGUGCAUGUGAAACUGACUGAGGGAGAGAACUUCCCUCACACACAUAGAAUGGUGCUUAAAUAGAUGUUAGCAAUAAUGCCUGCAAACAUGUGAAAAGGAAGAUUGGCAGCAUAGAUGUAUUAGUGUGUGCAUUUGUGAAAAGUUCAUUUAAUUUAAAUAAACAAUCACUUUAUGAUAUUAUCCAGGAAAACAGCAAUAGCAUAUUUGUGCUGUUUUACAACAAUGCAUAUAUAUUUUUUGUUGUUGCUUGAAAUAGAUACAAAAGGAGCUUUCAGAAUGAGUCCGAUAUUUCUUUGUUUUUUUAUUUCUAAACAUCAGUGUGCAAUGUGGUGAACUUUGCUACUUAUUUAUGGGGAGCAGAAAUAAGAAAAUACACACUUUUGCAAAGAAUUCUAGUAUAUAUUUUUGUCUGUUGUUUUGUGUUCAAAUUUAAAGACUUUUUGGGAUAAGCACUAAGAACUUAUAAAUUUAGAAUUUAGAAUGCUUCAUUCUCUAGUUUUGGUUGUUUUAUUGGAACCCCCAUUGUGCGAUACUGACAUUCCUGAUUUUUAUUGUUUACAAGUUCAUUAUACUUUACAUGGAGUGCAAUUCUUUUUCUUCAUGCAAUCUUUAUACAAACAUCUACACUUACUCAUAAAUGUGUGUAUGGUCAUUUAGUUGUACACACACAUUGUGUUUGUACAAAUCUCUAAUGAUCAUUUAUGAUGUGACUUGUUUUAUGAGCAUUCCAGUUCUGGUAUUUUUGAUUUUCCAAAAUAUCCAAGGGACUUUUGCUUGUGAUGGUUUUGUGACCUCGCCAAAUGUGAGAACAUUUGGAAAAGCAUGCAGCUAUCCACUAAAGCAGGGGUGAGAGUACUCCGUCCUGGGGAUGGAAAGUAAAAUUUUUAAUUUUUACUGAUUAUGAAGGGCCAGAAACUAUGAAUCAUAAAGCAGUAAUUCAUCCUAUCAUGAACGAUACAAUAUGCCACUGGUAAUAGGUAUCACUAUUGUGUCACUUGUGGAAAUGGAUGUCGCUGCGAUUGUUUGAUUUUGUGGGCUGUCAUCCAAAAUGUGAAUCUCUAACAAAGACAACAAAGAAGACUUUCUGCAACUCUCAAAAUCUGUGAUACUGCCAAUAAAUUGAGGUAGGAAUGGCUUCUCAAAGAAGAUGCUGCAAAAAGAAAAUUUGAAACGGCUUCAUAAGAUCAAUGUUUGUGGCAAAGUUUGGUGUGUUCAACCAGUAUGAUUUUAUUUCCUUUCGUUAGUGGGUAUUAUCAAUACAGUUUUAGUGGAAUAAAUUUUGAAAUGUAAAUCAUUGCUCAAUGUUCAGAAUUGAUAAAACGCACAAGAACACCCAAACUUCGAUAAAGGCUACUUUCUUUGAACACUUAUUUUUUAAUGUCUCCAAAAGCUAUUACAGUUUGUUUUCAAGAUUUUAGGACUCGUAGUGCAAUUUUCUUACUCAUUGAAAUCAGACUUGCUGAAUAUUUGUUUUAUUAUUUUUAGAGAACUGAACUACCAGUAACAGGUACCUUUGGUCUCUCUCUUAAAUAUUGAUUGUGAUGAUAAUGAAUGACUCAUAAAUUGCCAUUUCACAUGGUGAAGCUUGUUAAUAACCUUAUCUCAUUUGACACAAAAUUAUCUUGUUUAACUGUUCAAUGUGGGGCGGAGGGGUGCAUUCAAAAGUAAUAUCAAGAAUUAAAUGAAUUACUAUCUGAUCUGUAAAAAAAUCGUCAGCUUCAAUAUGUCUGUAUUUGUCACCAACAGACAUAAUUUUACAUAAAAAUUAACUAUAGAAAAAAAAUGACGCAAACAACCAUCUGCUAUGCGGUUUUGCCUACUGUGCGCAGACAUCUUUAGUAAGGCCAGGAAAGCAUGGAGGAAAAGGGCGCAGAAACAGAACAAUGUCUCACAUGUAACAGUGCUAAGCAAAUUCACAAAAAGUAGUCUGCUUCCAGUAUAGUAAUACUGAGGUUUCUUUUUUGAACUGCUUUAAGCCUAAGAUACAUUUAUUUCCAGAAAACUCUGCUACAAAAGUAAUGGCAAUAAAAUUGUGCAUAAACAUGAAGAUCAAUGCAAACAUCCAUCACUGGAUCUUUUUUUUUUUAAAAAGGAACAGUAUUAGGUUUUGGUGGGUAUUGGAUUUUUUUUGUUUACAGCAGAGAGGUUUUGUAAAGGGUCAUUGUACCUUCUUUAGAAACUGAAUAGUUUUUCAGUCAGCACAGCAAUUGAGCCAUUUUUAUCAUUUAUCAAGUCUUUUUUUUAUGAGAUUCCACAGUUUUGUGUACAAUGCUUGGAACAGUUUGAACUAUAUUGUCCAUAUUUGUUCUAAGGCGUUCAGCAGAAAAAUUUGAUUUUCUUUUAAUGAUCAGCAAAUUGUCAGAAAAGCUUACAACAUUUUGUUCAUACCAGAAAAUGUUCUAGCAGGAGAAUCUGUUAUAUUCGAGUUCAGACAAAUGUACUAUGCCUAUAUGCAGAAGUAGUGUUAACUUGAAAUCCUUUACACCCUCUGCAGUCCAACUGCUCAACCAUAAGAUUAUAGAUAAAUUGUCAGCUGUAAGUGCCCAUGGGUGUGCCUUAACCCCCUUAGCACUGCAUAAAAAUAUAAUCAUGUAAUAAAACAAUGGCAUAUUUCUUAAAACGUUGAAGACUCAGUGGGUGAUGUUUUUUAUACUUUGCUGCUCUCAGGUAAAUAUUAGACCACAAAACCUAUAUAUUUUUGAAAAGGAGAAUGCUUGAGCUUUGCAAUAAAAGUAAUGAAAAUUGUUUCCUUUCAUUUUGGUAAUAGCAAUAAUCCAAGAAAAUUCAGUUUUCUAUUCUUGGGUCAUAUGAGCAGGGACAUGAUCAUGGCCCAUUGCACUCCACCAGCAAAACCACAAUCAUGGCCCAUUGCGCUAAGAGGGUUAAGAAUACAUGUUUUUUUGUUGUGCUAUGAUGCACCACUUCCCUUGUAUUGUAACUAUCUGGGUUUUUUUAGCUUUUGUAACAGAAUACAAUUACCAAGUUAUUAUUGCUCAUGGGGAUUAAUAAAGUUGGUCAUUUGUCAAUAUUGUGAACUAUCAGAGACAUUGUAUGACUUGUAAUAUGUUAUGUGUGUGAAAGCGCAUAUGCGACUACAUGUCAUAUAACGUUAUGUGCCUAGCCCCUACUGCUACAUGCCUCUCAAAAACUUUCAGUCCCAGGAAAAUUCUGGCUCCCACUCAUGGGAAAGCAAGUUACAUUUGAUUGAUUCAACAGCCAGAUUAUUUCAAAAGUGUCAAUUCAGCUGAACACUAUCGUGAACUUGGCAGUCUAGUCUCUUUAGUGGUUGCUGAACCCUAACCCUAUGCCCCUUUUUUUCCUCACUGGAAAAGUAUAUGGUUGCAUGUAUCUAUCACACAAGAGAGGGGGGGUGGGGAAUUGGUGUUUUACACCCUGCCAGCAACUGAGGCUAUAUUACGGCAACGCAGCCAGCCCUGUAAACAGAUGCCAUGUGCAGAGAAAGAACAGAGUGCCCGAGACGAGAAAUGAACUCUGGGCAGCCAACCUUCACUGUAUUGGUGACAGCCGCUAACCGUUGUGCCACCGGACCGCUACACAAGAGAGAGGAUGCAAAAUAAGCACAACAUAAAAAGCUAAUUAUUGUGACUAUCGCAAGCAUCAUCAUACUACGAACAGAGCUUAACGCUGUAACAAGUUACUGAGAUGAUUCCACACACAUUUUUGACUAAGCACAUCUUCAAUAGCCUUACAGGAUUGGCCAUUUCCAUCAUGUUUUAUAUUUGAUGAUGUGUUUUUGCAUCAUUCAUGUUAUUAGCCGCCAACUUUCUGGUUUCAUUUUGGCUGCUGGUCUUGUAAAUGUGCUUGGGUUUUAUUUUUUUUGACUUUGUUAAAUGUGAGGUGUGGUGGCAAGAAGUCACAUUUGUUUAACAGUCUUAGACUUUGAUUUCAUGGUUCAUACAUGUAUCAGUGAAGAUAUUUAUGGUAAUUGGAUCCCAAGACAAAAUUACACUAAGCAAUGUACGAUUUUUAAAUGUGUCAAGUGUCAACACAUCAACCAUUGAAAUGCUGAUGCCAAAAAAUGCCAUUAUUAGGGAGGUAAAGGUUUCUGAUAAUAAAAUCAAUCUCCAUGCG